AUGAAGAAGGGAGUAGAGAAGAGGACUGAAGAAAAGAAGGUAUCUGCUGAAGAACAGAUGAAGCUCACUCUUCAGUCAAUCAGACAGCUGUGGAAAGAGGGAGUGGGCUGUGAUGUGGAGCUGGAGGUUGAUGGGACAUCAUUCCAUGUCCACAAAGUGCUCAUGGCUGCCAGUAGUGACUUCUUCCGGGGAAUGUUCACCAGCGGGAUGAAGGAAUCCCAGCAGCCCUGUGUGGCCCUUCCCUUCCUGGAGGCUGCUGAGCUGGAGGCCAUGAUUGGCUGCUCCUACAGUGGGUCCCUCCCCCUCAGCUGGGGGCGUGUCUUUGAGAUUACCUGCACCGCCCUCCAGCUCCAGUUCCAGCCCGCCCUCUCGCUGUGCCUCAACUUCCUGGAACAGGAAAUCGAUGCUCACUCCUGCCUGGACGUGGCCUCCUUCGCUGAGGCUUAUGGGAUGCCGGAACUCCUCGAAGUGGCAAACAGUUUUGUCCUGAGACACUUCCAAAACGUGGCAGCCACCCCUAAAUUUCAAGACCUGCCAGCCAAGAAUCUUAGAAGAUAUCUGAAAAGCGAUUCCCUCUUUGUGCCCUCUGAGCUUGUCGUCUUCAAGGCUGUGGUGGCUUGGAUCGAGGCGUGUCCCAGCAAAAGGCUUAAACUCACCAAAGAGCUGAUGAAGAAAGUCCACUUUCCCCUCAUGAACGUCAAGGAGUUCAAUGAAGUUAAAACCACAAAACUGUGGUCUGAACACAACACGGAAGGUCUCUACCUGACUAUACUGGAGGACUUUCACUCCCCUCACGUUGCACCUCGAACCCUGUGCAGGGUUUACUUGCCAAAGGACAGUCUAGUCUUGGUGGGUGGAGAUCAGAUCUCUGCCGACUUUAGCCGCCGAUCUCCCAGCCGAGAACUGUGGUUCGGAAACUCUCUGAGGAACUACACAGGCAUUGUAAAGAAUGUGGAAUGGAGGUUGCUUGGAGAGAUGCCAAAGCCACCAAGGCUAAGUCACGAGGUGGCGGUACUCACAGGGAAGUUGUACGUGGUCGGGGGACAGAGUUAUGAAGGCACACUUGAUGUUUUCAACUCGACCUACAGAUAUGAUCCGCUUCAGAACCUCUGGGAGAGGUUGGCUGACUUGCAUAAGACAAGGUGCAACUUUUCCAUGGUUGUGCUGGACAGGAUGAUAUAUGCCAUUGGAGGGGACAUUGAUCCAGAAACUAACCUGGAUAGUGUGGAGCGCUACUGUCCAAACACAGAUACCUGGAGAGGAACCAACUACCUGGCCGAGAUGAGGCAACCUCGAGCCCGUCACUGCAUGGAAACUUUAAACUGCAAUCUUUACGUGGCAGGAGGUGUCACUGUUGAUGAAAACAUGACGUCUAUCGACCAGCUGGCCUGUGAGGUCUAUGACUCGGUUAGUGACCUUUGGAGUGCUCUCACACCCCUGGCCGUCCCCCAUGUUGGAGCAGCCUCUGUGGUUCUGGAGGGGAUGCUCUAUGUGCUGGGAGGAUACUGCCAAGAGGACUACAGGGAAACCAGACUGGUUCAUCGUUAUGAUCCCACCAUCCAAUUUUGGGAGAAUAUGGGCGAGAUGCCAGGACCCAACACUGACAUACGAGCCUGUUUGCUUCACCUACCCAACCACUUAAGACAAUGA